AAGAAUAUACAAUAAUGAUGUAUUUGGCGAAUCAAAUAUCAUGGUCUAAUAAAGAAUCAUUCUGAUUAGUUGAUAAUUUUGUGAAAGAUUCCUGUGAAAAAGGUUAAUUAAAUCUAUUCCUAAUUUAUAUCGAGUAGACCUUGUUGUUUUGUUUUAUUCCAAGAAUUCUAAAUUCAUGACUUGUAGGGAGGGACUUAGGUCACCACAAACAGAUACUAAAGCAAGUGUUGGAUUCAAAGCUGGUGUUAAAGAGUAUAAAUUGACUUAUUAUACUCCUGAAUAUGAAACCAAAGAUACUGAUAUCUUGGCAGCAUUCCGAGUAACUCCUCAACCCGGAGUUCCACCUGAAGAAGCAGGGGCUGCGGUAGCUGCUGAAUCUUCUACUGGUACAUGGACAACCGUGUGGACCGACGGGCUUACCAGCCUUGAUCGUUACAAAGGACGAUGCUACCACAUCGAGCCCGUUCCAGGAGAAGAAACUCAAUUUAUUGCGUAUGUAGCUUACCCCUUAGACCUUUUUGAAGAAGGUUCGGUUACUAACAUGUUUACCUCGAUUGUGGGUAAUGUAUUUGGGUUCAAAGCCCUGGCUGCUCUACGUCUAGAGGAUCUGCGAAUCCCUCCUGCUUAUACUAAAACUUUCCAGGGACCACCUCAUAGUAUCCAAGUUGAAAGAGAUAAAUUGAACAAGUAUGGACAUCCCUUAUUAGGAUGUACUAUUAAACCUAAAUUGGGGUUAUCCGCGAAGAACUAUGGUAGAGCAGUUUAUGAAUGUCUAUGUGGUGGACUUGAUUUUACCAAAGAUGAUGAGAAUGUAUACUCCCAACCAUUUAUGCGUUGGAGAGACCGUUUCUUAUUUUGUGCUGAAGCUAUUUAUAAAUCACAGGCUGAAACAGGUGAAAUCAAAGGGCAUUAUUUGAAUGCUACUGCAGGUACAUGCGAAGAAAUGAUCAAAAGAGCUGUAUUUGCUAGAGAAUUGGGAGUUCCUAUCGUAAUGCAUGACUACUUAACAGGGGGAUUCACCGCAAAUACUAGUUUGGCUCAUUAUUGCCGAGAUAAUGGCCUACUUCUUCACAUCCACCGUGCAAUGCACGCUGUUAUUGAUAGACAGAAGAAUCAUGGUAUGCACUUCCGUGUACUAGCUAAAGCUUUACGUCUAUCUGGUGGAGAUCAUAUUCACGCGGGUACAGUAGUAGGUAAACUUGAAGGAGACAGAGAGUCAACUUUGGGCUUUGUUGAUUUACUGCGCGAUGAUUAUAUUGAAAAAGAUCGAAGCCGCGGUAUCUUUUUCACUCAAGAUUGGGUCUCACUACCAGGUGUUCUGCCUGUAGCUUCAGGGGGUAUUCACGUUUGGCAUAUGCCUGCUUUAACCGAGAUCUUUGGAGAUGAUUCCGUACUACAAUUCGGUGGCAGAACUUUAGGCCACCCUUGGGGAAAUGCACCGGGUGCCGUAGCGAACCGAGUAGCUCUGGAAGCAUGUGUACAAGCUCGUAAUGAGGGACGUGAUCUUGCAGUCGAGGGUAAUGAAAUUAUCCGUGAGACUUGCAAAUGGAGUCCUGAACUAGCUGCUGCUUGUGAAGUAUGGAAGGAGAUCAGAUUUAACUUCCCAACCAUCGAUAAAUUAGAUGGCCAAGCGUAGAAGUUAGAUUAGUAAUUCACGUUCGUUUUAUUAGUUUAAUUACAAUUAAACUCGGCUCAAUCUUUCUAGUAAAAAAAAGAUUGAGCCGAGUUUUUCUAUUGUAUA